UUGAAAAGGCGUGCCUUUGACACUCCUAUAAAUGCAACUUGAUUGGUCAGUCCACCAGCCAUCAGGAAGUGUAUACAAAAGCGCAGUCGGGUAAAAGCAGCCGAGGGCGAAUUUAUGCUUUAUCCGCUCUGGCCUUCAAUGGCCAGCCGCUCGCCUGUUAUUGCAGGCAAACAUAUGUUUAUUCUUGCAGCAGCUUUUUGAUUCCCUUGCUGAUGUGGAAUUUUAAACAAAUUGUUCGACACCGCGAAUCUUUUAACGUGGCAGUCCCGUGUUCCCGCAGUGGUCCUCACUUCCUGUACAGACGGAUGCCGAGCAUGCUGGGACAGAACUGAGGCAUAAUGGACCCUGAGCAGGCCGAACUCCAGAAUGACUAUCGUUACCGUAGUUACACGGCUGUCAUUGAGAAGGCGCUGCGUAAUUUUGAGUCUUCCAGCGAGUGGGCCGACCUCAUUUCUUCCCUUGGAAAGCUUAAUAAGGCCCUUCAGAGUAAUUUAAAGUACUCUUUGUUGCCAAAGCGUUUGAUCAUCGGGAAGAGAUUGGCCCAGUGUUUGCAUCCUGCUCUUCCCAGCGGCGUCCAUCUUAAAGCACUGGAGACCUACGAGGUCAUCUUUAAAAUCAUUGGCACAAAAUGGCUGGCCAAAGACCUCUUCAUCUACAGCUCAGGACUCUUUCCUUUGCUGGGCCAUGCAGCGAUGUCCGUGAAGCCGACUCUGCUGACCCUUUACGAGCGCUACUUCCUGCCCCUGCAGCGAGCCCUACUGCCCAGCCUUCAGGCCUUCAUCAUGGGCCUGCUCCCUGGCCUGGAGGAGGGCCAGGAGGUCUUCGACAGGACGGAUGCUCUGCUGUUGAAACUGUCUUUGCUGGUAGGCCAGGCGGUGUUUUAUGGAGGUCUGUGGGGCUCUGUGCUCUUGUCUCCUCCGGUCCGGCUGCCCGCAUCUCUCUUCGUCAUCACACACUUCGACCGCAUGGCCGCCAGCAGUGAGCAGAAAUUCAUGCUGGGUACGGACCACAAACUGACCGUGAAGGCGAUCUGUCUCUCUCUGCAGGACGCUAAUGUACUAGUCCAGAGGAACAUGUUGGAGAUUCUUCUUUAUUUCUUUCCCUUCGCAACAUGUCUGGAUCCUGUAGAGGGUGCCAUCCCUUUGAAACGUGAUGAGAUGAUCACUGUAGUAUCUGCUGCUUCCCUCACUUUGCUGAGGAGAGACAUGUCACUGAACCGGCGCCUCUAUGCAUGGCUACUAGGCCUGGACAUUAAAGGGGGCAUGGUGGCUCCAGACUCAAGCCUAUACACUACAGUGGAGGAGCAUACAGCAUACUACUUCAACACACACUCCAGAGAUCUGCUAAUGCAGGCACUGGUGAAUAUCUUGCAGCAGAAGGGCAUAGAGAAAGACUUAGAAAACGUCACGGACUAUCUCAGACCAUUCCGCAUCAUUAUCAGUUUACUGGACAAACCGGAGAUUGGACCUCUGGUGGUAUCCGACCUGUUGUUGGAGGUGAUCAGAGCGUUUUAUAGUUACUGCAGGGAGCAGGUGGGGGAGGAGUCUCUUAGCUCCAGUCUCUCUGGCAACCAGCUUACCAGUAAGCUGAAAGAGAACAAAAAUGCUUCUGAGAUCAUAAAAACAGUCAACAUGUUGGUGGGGGCAAUGAACAGUGAAUAUCUGUGGGAGUACAUGACUAAACAAUUCCAAACCUGUCUCAGUGACCCAGCUCCGCCGGCUCCAUCCAAAAUCUGGAGUCCUCCUUCAUCAGUGACGGAGCUCUCCACCCUUAUCAUCUUUCUCCUUGAUGUCAUCCCGUUGGAGCUUUAUGCUGAGAUCCAAACACAGUACCUGCCACAGAUGCUGGGGAGCAUGCUGCAGUCUCUGCAUGGUCACGUGACCUCUCUUAGCCCAGCAGAGGUCACACAGGGCCUGAGAGCAUGCUUUAAGGUGCUGAGUAAGAUCCAGAUGCCCGUGACCUAUAUGGACAUGGAGGCAGAGUCACAGACAUCGUGUGUAGAGAAAACACAGCAGAGUAUGGUGACAGACACCAAGGAAGGGAAAACAGGCGAUGAGACUAGUGCGAAUAAUGAACCGCUGGCGGAAGAGGCCGUGGCUGGGAACGGACGAGCUGUGGAAGAGGCGGGGCCUGAGCAGGGCUCGUUCCCGACCCUGCGUUCCAAAGACAGCGGACUGGGCCUUAGUGCAUCUCCUUCUGAGCAGCAGCUCUUUCCGGGGCGUGACUCGUCGAAUCCUGUUUCAGGGGCGUGCGCCACGGUGGUGGAUGUUUGGAGGAAAGGCGGUACUGUGGAGCUCAUGUCCCAUUGCCUACAGGACAUACUGGCAUCGAUCAUCACCAGACAUCUGCUGACGAUGGUGGAUCCAGACAAGGCGGAGGAGGCGGCAGCUCUUCCCGACCACCAUGCCUCCCCCCGCGCCCGGAAGCACUCCCGCGAGGCCAGUCGGGAUUUAGGACUGAUCAAAGACAGGCUGGCCGAAUUCUUCACCCCCGCAAAGCAGCGGGUCCAGCCCCAGGAGGUGUGUGUCGGUGACGGGGUCGCAGGUGCCAGGUCCGCGGGCCUGCAGUGGUCAGUGCGCUACCAGUCGCGGGGCAAGGCGGAGGUCACCGAGCCCUGUCGACAGGCUUUUACGGCUGCGUGCCACCUAUUGUUGGAAUGCACCACCUUCCCCGUCUAUUACACAGAGGAGCAGAGCCAGGACCUUCACAGCAACAUGUUCAAGAGCACGAACAAUGAAGAGGGCACUCUGCCUGAGUGGCUGAGGUUCCUAAUGACAUUGUGCUGCAUUUCUAAAGACUACCAGGUCCAACAUGUGGCAACUUCCUGCCUGCUGGAGCUGAUUAACCACUCGCAGUCCCUGGCACUGGUCAUUCAGGACAAGAAUCAGCGGUACAGGAGGGCGGCGACAAACCCAUUCAGCGGACAGCUGCAGAUGGUCACCCUGCCUCCCAUCCACCCAGCAGUGAUUAAAACCAUGGAGCUUGACACAGACUUCUACCAGAGGGUAGCUCAGGUGCUCUGGACUCAGUUGGACACUGACCGCAGAGAGCAUCAUGUUUCCUGUGUGGACCUCUUCUAUCGGCUGCACUGUUUAGCUCCAUCUGCAUCUAUCUGUGAGGACAUCAUCUGUAUGGCUUUGCUGAGCAGAGAGAAGGUUGUGCGUCUAGAGGCUCUUCAUAGGUUCUCUGUUUUGUGGCACCUGACACGGGAGGUUCAGACGAAUCGCAGCACUUCCCUGAACCGCUCCUUCGACAGGUCUCUGUUUGUGGUGCUGGACAGUCUAAACAGUCAGGACGGCAGUGUCAGCACUGCUGGACAGAGCUGGCUGGUGCGGGCCCUCUCUCUUGGCGAUAUUGUGCGCAUCCUGGAACCCAUACUGCUCCUGCUGCUGGACCCAAAGACCCAGAGAACAGCCAUUCAGAGUGUCAAGCACAAUCUCUCAGUGGGUAAUUUGAAUGCGUUAAGUUACAAAAGCAGGUCCAGUGCAAAGAGUAGUGGAGAAGGCAUGACGGUGACAAACCAGCUGGACAGCUUACUGGCUCAUGUUGCCGUGGUAGACCGGGAGGCCCUGUGGGCAGACCUGGAGUGUGACCCGGAGCUUCAGGGAACGCUGUCUGACUCCCCUGCCAUGUCCCACAGCGAGAGCGAAGAAACCGAGGGAGAGGAAGAGGACGGACAAGUAGAAGAGGAAGGGCGAGGAGAAGAGGAAGAGAGCGAGCACACGGAAUCGGCCGACUCCAGCGGAGCCCAGAACUCCACAGAGAAUUCCAGCUCUGGCUUCGCCCAUUACCUGCAGGUUCCCAAUGAUGGGGGCAGUGCAGGGCAAGCAGGUAUGGCCAAUGGCCUGCAGAGGGUAGACUCAGAGCGCACACAGGCUUCCGAGUCACUGUCGAGUGACGAAGACGACGGGCAGCUGGCGGCCCUGGCCAAGUCCCGCCUCUUAAAGCAGCAGCGCGAGAGGCAGGAGGCGGUGGACUCGCUCUUCCGGCACGUUCUGCUGUACCGGCAGCCAUACGACUGUGGCAGGGUCCUGCAUGCCUUCUCAGUGGUGGAGACUCUGAUGAAGAGUAGCGCGGGACCUUUCAUGGAUGCUCUGUCCAACACAGCCCUGGACUGCAGCUCCACUGCCCACCUCAACCUCAUCCAGAACCUCCUGCAGAGGCACCGGCAGGCACAGGAGGGCAACAGCUUCUACGGCCCUCUCCAGAACCCCAGCCCUCCUGAGGGCUCCACCCCAGAGCAGCCGCCUACCUCCACUCUCCCCUCGCCCUCAAGCUCCGCCCCGCCCACGUUCCUGCUGGAGAUCCUCACGUCCUUGUGCCUGCGUUUCCUGCGCUCUCACUUCCCCUCCUACGCCAGCGUGAGCGCCCGCCAGCUGCAGGGCAACCGCGAAGUGCAGGUUAAGAGCGUGGAGGUGCUGACGGCCCUCAUCACUCAGUUGGUGGUGGUGGCCCAGCAGACCCUCCAAGCUCACGUGGGUGAGGCGGCCGACGCUGGAGGCCUGGAGGCUGUCCGGAACCUCCUGUGGGGCUGCAGAGUGCAGCAGUUUGUCCUCCUUUCGCUCUCUGCCUCAAUGUACACCUGCCAGCGGACAGAGGCGUCUAACCAGCGUGCGCUCCCCAAGGAGGACCAGGGCGACGAUGGUGGGGAGAUUUCAGAGGAGAGCCUGGUCCAUUUUGGGCAAGACGGGAGCUGGGUGGAGCACCCACUCCAAAUCGCCCUGCUGAAGCUCUUGAAAGUCCUCAUCGUGCUGGAGCACAGUGUGUCUCCACACUCAAAAGUGCCUGACCAGGGCGACAACCACCUGCACUCGGCCCGGGGCGAUGUCUCAUCUUCUGUGCUGGCACGAGAGUGGCAGACUGCCAUGAUGUACCAGCAGUCCAUCAAGGCCGUUCACUACGUGGCCAGCCAGCCCAUCACCGCGCAGGGCAUGUUUGUGGCGGCAGCGGCCCGGGCCCUGUGCCCGCAGUACGGCUUUGCCCUGCACCCGGCCUGGGUGGCGCUGCUGUGUGGGGCGCUGCCCUUCUUGGGCCGCUCGCUCGCCAUCAUCGUGGCCCCCGUCAUCAGUCAGAUCUGCAAGAACCUCGAUGAACUGGUUAAACAGCAUGAACACGAUGGAAGCAAGGCUUCUCACAGUAACCUAAAGAAGGAGAACAUUGCACCUGACUAUCCUCUCACUCUACUGGAAGGACUCACCACCAUCACACACUACUGUCUUUUGGAACACAAAAAGUCUGCAGGCUGUGAUGCUACAGACAUGCGUAAUGCCACCAAUACCAUUCUAGAGGAGUUCCCAUACAUGGUCAGCACUAUGGCCAUGCUGUGGGGUGUGGUCAAGGGAGCUGACUCCGCCCACAGCAAUAAAUCCUCUCCCACCUCCGUCUGUUUCAAAAGCACAAAGAUCCUGAAGCAGAAGGUUCUGGCUUUCCUGACACCACUGAUUCAGCAGUAUGGCGUGCAAGUCCUGGCCUCUGUAGCUGCCAUCUGGAACAGUAGGCGGAGCCGAAGGAGACGCUCAAAAAACAAAAUCCUGCCAGUUGCCAGUGAUUCGCAAUUAACCAUAGUGGACUUGGUGAAGUCCCUCAACACACUUCGCACAGACACAGUUUUGCAACUUGUUCGGGAGGUGGUGAAGAAACCCCACCAGAUCAAAGGAGAUCAGAGACUGACCCUUGUGGAUGUUCCCAUGCUACAGUUCUGCUAUGCCUACAUCCAGAGCCUUCCUGGUCAGACCCUUCAGGAGAACAUCACACCUCUCCUCAGCCUGCUCCGAGAGUCUGUCCAGCUCAAUCUCGUCCCACCUGGCCACUUCUUGCUUCUGGGCAUCCUGAAUGACUUUGUAAAUAGACUCCCCAAUAUGGACAACAAGAGAGAUUCUAGAGAAAUGCAGGAAGUGUCCCAGCGUAUCUUGGAGGCGGUAGGAAGUGUGGCUGGCUCAUCUCUGGAGCAGACCAGCUGGCUGAGUCGUAACCUGGAAGUGAAAGCACAACCUCAGGUCUGCCUGCAUGAAGAUGCAGAUGAACCCGAGGGCAGCGACUUCUAUGACUCUGUUGGCCAAAGCAGUACUAUGGUGUCAUCCUCAGCUCCAUCGGUGUUCAGCGUACAGGCUCUGGCUCUGUUGGCUGAGGUCCUGGCCCCUCUGCUGGACAUGGUAUAUCGCAGUGAUGAGAAGGAGAAAGCCCUCCCUCAUAUCUCCCGCCUCAUGUACUACGUCUUCCCAUACCUGAAAAACCACAGUGGUUAUAAUACGCCCAGUUUCAGUGCAGGUGCUCAGUUGUUGAGCAGUCUUAGUGGCUAUGCCUACACUAAACGCACCUGGAAGAAGGAAGUGUUGGAGCUCUUUAUGGAUCCUCUGUUCUUCACCAUGGAGAUAUCCUGUGCCUGCCACUGGAAAUCAAUCAUAGACCAUCUGCUCACACAUGAGAAGACCAUGUUCAAGGAUCUAAUGGGCAUGCAGAGCAGCUCUCUGAAGCUGUUUAACAGUGCUGAGCAGAGGCCCAUGUUACUGAAGCGCCAGGCUUUUGCCAUGUUCAGUGGAGAGACUGACCAGUACCACCUCUACCUGCCUCUCAUACAAGAGCGUCUCACGGAGAACCUGCGUGUAGGACAGUCCCCAGCAGUGGCAGCUCAGAUGUUCCUGAUGUUCCGGGUUCUUCUGCUGAGGAUCUCCCCCCAGCAUCUCACCUCGCUCUGGCCAAUCAUGGUCACCGAACUGAUUCGCAUUUAUGCCAGGCUCGAGAAAACUCUGCUAGAGGACAAAGAACUUUCAAAGAGUAAACGGGGAGGUCAGGAGAAGAAUGGUCUGUUUUUUUUUUCCCAGGCAGAGCUGGACAUGUACCUAUCAGCCUGCAAGUUCCUGGACACGGCAAUGUCCUUCCCUCCGGAGCGCAUGCCUCUGUUCCAGAUGUAUCGCUGGGCGUUUGUGCCUGAAGUGGACGUGGAAAGUUAUGAUGGGCCAGUGACCACUCUCUUAGAGGGAGAACAGGAAUGUAAACCUCAUGUGGUCAGAAUAUUGGAAGGACUUCACUAUCGUUACGGGGAGCUGAACGGAGUGGUGGGCGAAUCCAACUCGGAGGGCACUGAGUUCCCGCUGCUCACGCUACACUCGAUCUCCUCAAUCACUCAGCUGGUGCCCUUCUUCCAGACGCUCUGCUGCUCCUUCGGCGGUUCACCGGGCUGCCCUGGCCAGUGUGCCGACUACCCGCCGGCUGGCGUCAACACCGUGCUGCAGCGCUUGGAGUUCAUAACAGAGCAAGAGUUCCUCGACGGUAUGGACCCAUAGAGGCAGGAGGGGGCAGAGUUGCUGGCUCAGGCUUCUCCCCUUGAGCUCAGUCCUGAAGCAGGUGCUUUGUUUUACUGUGUGGUGUUUGUAGCUUAGUUGGGCUCCAUCUUAAUUACUCAGUGAGCGGAGUGCAAGAGAAAGCUGAGGACAUUGUUGAGGGAUCGUUAUGGCAUCUGUAAUUUAAGAAACGUUAUGUCUGUUUUUUUGUAAUCGGAAAAUUCAAGGAAUGGUGAACUCAGAUGUUAUACAGACCAGAUGAUUGCUUUUAUGGGAUUAUUAUUUAUUUCAAAUGCAAUUCUGUAGGUUUAAUUUUAUUUACAGUAUUUUUUUUUUCAGCCAAGAUUACCCAUAAAUUCAUAUGUCCAAUAUCACAGAAUGUAUGGAGAUCAGUUGCCAUUAGAACUGAUCAGCUGUACUACCUUAAAGUACACUGUCAUGCUUGGGUCAUUUAUUUUUUUGCUCCUGCCAUAGUUCAUGUGCUGCUGUCAAUGUGAAUGAAUGUGAAAUCCUAGUGUCCUUAAUUUUAUGGGAAUACUGUUUGUUUUUUGUUUUUUUGUAUUUGUUUUUUUUUUUCCCUCAACAUUCCAUAACUGAUGUUGAUCAACCAGCUUCAUAAUUUAAAAUAUGUAAAUUAAAUGUCACAUUUUAAUAUAUUAACAACUGAAAUGUGGGUGCUGCUCAGACACAAACUAUAAUGAUUAUAUACAAAUUCACCUUUCACCUGUAUAUUUUAUUUGAAAGCAUUAUAUUUGUAGUUGCAUUUAAAUUUGCAGAAUUAUGCACAUCAAUUGUGCAUUUUUUUCAUUUUGGUUGUGUAUGAUCUUCAGCUCUGGACACCAGGUUCCUAGUUAUUUCCCCAUUCUUUUUCCACUGUGCUUAUUUUGGGGGUGUUGGACUUCUUCUGUCGCAUGGUUCUCAGGGACUGGUAAUAUGUCGGGACUGUGCAGCUUUUGAAGGGUGUCAUCUGGUCCUCUAUUCACUAUUAAGUUCUCCCACAUAGCAUUCCCUCUAUCUCUCUCACCUUUUCUCUCCAUGUCUUCUCAUUCAUUCUAAACGCAAUGUACAUCUGAUCUCCCAACCCUAGUUACUGUGAUUAGGAAUAAUGAUUCCUCUCAUUGUGGAUGAAUAUUGACUGUUCUACUUUAAUGUACAGAACAUUUAACAUGUACUGUGAAGGAAAAUUAAGCCAACAUUUGAUUUUAAUGCAUGGAAAGGAAUGUUUUGAACAAUGUUUGUUGCAUAAUGUUGGCCUACAUAAUUGGGAUGUUUUACACUUAAUUUACAUGAAAUUAGUCUGAUUAUAACCCAUAAUAAACUAAUGUUAAGUGUCUAAUUUAAAUCUUGUAUCAUACUAGCACAAUUCUUAGUGUUUUGGGGAAACAUCUCAGUCUAGUAUACUAAAGUGCUUAAACAUUAUUUAAGUUUAAAUGUAUUAUUAUUAUUAUUAUUAUUAUUAUUAUUAUGGAACAUCUGAGAUUCGGAAGAAGGAACACUCCUGAAUCUCCACCCUUGCUCCCUCCCUGUUUAUACUCCUUUACCAAAGUGUAAAAAGGGAGGGGCUAGAGUUCCAGUUUCUCCCACAUACAGAGGCUGUCAAGAUCCCUAGUUCAAAGUUCAUCUGACCUCCCCCUCCUCCAGUUAUGCAGUUAUCUCCAUUGCAGCCACUAUUGAAGGCAUGGUCUGCACUCACACAAUGCAAACUGCUCCAGGACCAGUGUUUUAUUUGUGGCUGAUGUUAUGUAACAGUAGCUCACUUGUCUCUUACAAGAUACAGCUUAUAUAUCUAAGCUAAUACCACCAGUCAUUCAUUUCUUCUAAGGCUGAAAACACAUUGUCAAGACGUCCUCAUUCUUGCUGUAUGGUAUUGUCAGUAAGGAACUUAUUUUAAGCUUAUUAAUUAUGAGUUUAACUGGGCUAACCAGUCACAACUAUUUUAAAAUAAACAUCAAACCAUA